CCAAAAGACGCCAGACAUAAUGCAUACAGAAUAAAAAGCGAAAAGUUCAUGCGGGUCUAAAAGUAAAAAAUAAGGAAUAUCAAACUAUAAAAUGAUGGCGAGACGUGGCGGCAAGCGUAUUCGAAUGGAUGAUAUUCCUCCCGAAUACGAAGAACAGGGGGAGAAUGUCAAUGAUUCUAUUUCGGAUGGGGACAGUCCCACUAAGCGUAUGACUAGAUUAAGAGCUCGUGGAGGUGUACGCGAUAAACCACCAAUAAUCGACGAAGAUGAGGAUGAUUUUUGGGCUCCAGUUGUUCGCAAAAAGAAGGCGGAAAAACCAAAAAAGCCACCUGGCGAGCGCAGGGAAAAGCCAGAACGCCCUCGCAAGGAACACAUCGAUAAGGAGCAAGAGCGCAUUGAUAUGGAAAGGGAUGUUACGACGGACGAGCACAGCAUAUACUUCAUAGUACGCCAUUCAAAGUCACCCAUUACAACAAUAGUAGACGAUUGGAUUGAACAAUACAAAAUGAAUCGCGAUACUGCUUUGAUUGCCCUACUUCAGUUCUUCAUUAACGCCAGUGGUUGCAAAGGUAAAAUCCCAGAAGAUACAGAACAUCCUAUGGAUCACACAGCGGUUAUACGAAAAAUGACUGAAGAGUUUGAUGAGGAAAGCGGAGAGUAUCCCCUAAUUAUACCAGGCCAACAAUGGAAAAAAUUCAAAAUGAAUUUUUGCGAUUUCGUACAAACCCUAGUCAAGCAAUGCCAGUAUUCGAUAAUUUAUGAUCAAUUUCUUAUGGAUAACGUAAUAUCCCUAUUGACCGGGUUGUCGGAUUCGCAAGUUCGAGCUUUCAGACAUACCGCCACAUUGGCAGCCAUGAAACUCAUGACCGCUUUGGUUGAUGUUGCCCUAUUGGUGUCAAAUAACUUUGAAAAUGCAGCAAAACAAUAUGAAGCUGAACGCCUCAAGUCCCGUGAUCGCCGAGCUUCAGAUCGCCUGGAAUCUUUAAUGGCUAAGCGUGCUGAAUUAGAAGAGAAUAUGGACGAAAUAAAAAAUAUGUUAACUUACAUGUUUAAGUCUGUGUUUGUGCAUCGUUAUCGAGAUACACUUCCCGAUAUACGCGCAAUUUGUAUGGCAGAAAUUGGAGUAUGGAUGGAAAAUUAUCCUCAAAACUUCUUAGACGAUUCAUAUCUCAAAUACAUUGGUUGGACAUUGCACGAUAAGGUAGGGGAGGUCCGAUUGCGCUGUCUACAAGCACUUUUGCCUCUUUAUGACAAAGAAGAACUCAAGGCAAAAUUAGAAUUGUUCACGUCCAAGUUCAAAGAUCGCAUUGUUGCAAUGACACUAGACAAAGAAUUUGAGGUAGCCGUACAUGCCGUCAAAUUGGUAAUAAGCAUAUUGAAAAUUCAUCCGGAUAUAUUGGCGGAUAAAGAUUGCGAAAUUGUUUACGAGUUGGUAUACUCAUCGCAUCGAGGUGUAGCACAAGCAGCAGCAGAAUUUCUAAAUGUGCGUCUCUUUCAUUUAACAGCAGAUAUGGAAGAAACCAAGUCCAAAAGGGGAAAACUUCGCUUGCCUAACACACCUCUAAUUCGCGAUUUAGUCCAGUUUAUGAUUGAGUCUGAACUCCAUGAACAUGGCGCAUAUCUAGUGGAUUCCUUUAUGGAUAAUAAUCCCAUGGUUAAAGAUUGGGAGUGUAUGACCGAUUUGCUGCUCGAGGAACCUGGUCCGAACGAAGAGGUCUUAGAUAAUAAACAAGAAUCCACUUUAAUUGAAAUAAUGGUUAGCAGUGUAAAGCAAGCAGCUACAGGUGAAGCGCCGGUGGGUAGAGCCAGCAAUCGCAAGAUAUAUCUAAAUGCCAAGGAGUUAAAAGCCAUACAGGAUGAAAAAAUUCGGCUAACGGAACAUUUUAUUGUAACAUUGCCGCCAUUGCUAGAGAAAUACCAGGCGGACAGUGAAAAAUUGUCAAACUUAUUAUCGGUGCCGCAGUAUUUCGAACUCGACAUUUACACCACUAAUCGCCAAGAGGCAAACCUGCAAGCUUUGCUUGAUAAAAUGAGCUACAUUAUGUCCGUGCACACAGAUCGCGAUGUCUUGGAAACGUGUGCGAAAACUUUGGAAUAUCUUUGCACAGAGGGCAGUGCGACCUAUACGCGUUGUGAUGUGGCACGUUCGAACAUAAUUGACAAUGCUGUCAACAAAUACAAAGACUCCAUAGAUGAUUGGCGCAAUCUAAUUGCUGGCGAGGAACUACCAAACGAAGACGAGAUCUAUAAUGUUAUAAGCUCGUUGAAGGUUGUUUCGAUUCUGUACUCAUCGCAUAACAUGAAUCCCUGGAACCUUUUCGAUUCUUUAUUCCAAGAUGUAGAUGAAUGCCAGUCAAAGGAAAAUCCAGGACGAAAUAUUCCCAAUGAAGCAUUAGUCUAUAGCAUAGAGGCGUGCUAUUUUUCUAUAAGCUGGGGCUUAUAUUACGUGGAGAAUAAUUGUGAGACAUCGCAAAUAGAAGCAUCUGUCAAGGAGUUAAGGAGCAAUUUGGACAAAUAUAUGUUUGCUUGUUUCGAAUUAACGCGAGAUGGACCAACCGAUGACAUACAGGAAGCGGCCUACCAAUCCAUAUGUGAUUUGCUGAUUAUAUUUUCCGAUCAAUUGGCUCGCAGUGAAAACCCCAAUGUGCGCACUCUGGAAUACAAAUCAACGUUAGACGAACAGUUAAUAUUGAAUAAUUUUGUACAGCAUUAUGUGUUCACCAUUAGACAAGAAGAUUCUAUUUCCGCAGAUCUUCAGGACGAGACGCGAAUAAUGGAACUGCACAAGAAGCGAAACUUUUUGGCAUCAUAUUGCAAACUGGUUGUCUACAACAUAAUACCCACAAAGAGUGCAGCUGGAAUGUUCAAAAAUUACGUAAAGUGGUACAAUGAAUAUGGCGAUAUCAUCAAGUCCACAUUGGGCAAGGCGCGAGAAAUAAAUAAAAUUAACUUCGCAUUAACUUUAUUGCUGAGUCUGAUAGCGGUUUUCAAUGAUCUGCAAAGUCAGUCAGAAAACGAGUUAGUUUCAAAGAACUCCCAUGAAUUCAGUGACUUGAAGGAGUUGGCGAAACGCUUUGCUUUGACCUUUGGCUUUGAUGCCAUAAAGAAUCGAGAACCUAUAAUUGCCUUGCAUCGAGCUGGUAUUCUAUUUGCUGUAGGCGAAGUACCGGAAGAUCCAAUCGCGGCUCCAAAACGUUUGCUAUUUUUGGAAGUCCUCAAUGAAUUCAAUCACAAGCUUUUAAAACAAGACAAAAAAGUUAUAUUGAACUUUUUGGAUCGUCGCAUAUCACCCGCCCUGCCGUCUAGUAAACAGGAGGAAUAUCAACCAUUAUUUUUGUACCGCAAUUCAUUGGUGCACGGUGAAACCGAUCAGGCUCCAGUUAGUAGCUCAAAACGCGCCUAUGCCCGCAAGAGACGUGAUCAUGGUGAGUUAGGAAUAAAUCAUACAUUAUUGGAAGUUCUAAAAUGGGUUCGGCUUUUUCUAGACGAUGACGACGAUGAAGAGGACUACGAAGAAGAGCACAACGAUCCAGAUUUUCGAGGAUAAGUUAGUUCGUCUGUAGACGUAGUAGUAGUAAUAUAUAAUAGAAAAAAGACGUAGUCUAUUAGCCUUAAGUUAACUUGUAAUUAGAAUAAACUCCGAUUUUGUUACUAACAUACAAACGAAAGUUAAUGUUAAGAUGUUGUAUUAAAAAAUAUUUUAAGAAAAA